CCAUGCCUACAGUAAACCAGAAACUAUGACUCUGAGUGGAAACAUUUGUGUUUGUGUUUUUGGUGUUUUGUUGUGUUUGUUUUCGGGAGUUUUACCCGGGUUUUCUUCUGUAACUGUGCGUCUGAACGGUAAAUGGAGUCUGUCAAACUCCAACGGUUCACUGUCGCUGCCUGCGGAGGUUCCUGGAUGCGUUCAUUCAGCUCUACAGCAGCUGGGAUACAUCCAGGACCCGUAUUUCAGGUUCAACGAUGUGUCUUAUCGGUGGAUUGCCUUUGACAACUGGACAUACACAACCACAUUUACUGGGUCUGCCCACCUGAGGGCCGCACAGAAGGUUCUUCUAGUCUUUGACGGUGUUGACACUGUAGCAUCGAUUUCGCUCAAUGGAAUCACUGUCGGGAAGACAGACAACAUGUUUCGUAGAUACGACUUCCCAGUGAGAGACUUGCUGAAGGACGACAAUAAUGUGCUGCAAGUCAGCUUGUUGUCUCCAGUUCUCUAUGCGUCCGAGCAGAGAAGAGCUCAUUCUGCCUACAGAGUUCCUCCUGAAUGUCCUCCAGAUGUCCAGAAGGGGGAAUGUCAUGUCAAUUUCAUCAGAAAAGAGCAGAGGUCGUUCAGUUGGGACUGGGGGCCUUCUUUCCCCACGAUGGGACUGUGGAGGGGAGUUCGGCUCGAGGCGUUUGAUGUCCUGCAGCUCAUCCAGGUUUCCUCUGUUCCUUUACAUGAUUUUAAUGUCUCUCAGUGGAGGGUCCAGGUUGAGAUUCUUGUCGAUGCAGUCCAGACAACAAAUGGCCAGAUCACUCUCUCCAUACCUGAGCUGGACUCAGAGCAGACCUUCCAGACACAGUUUCUCCCGGGAAAGACCAAGAACAGCUUCACCUUACACAUCUGCACGACAGCUCAGGUGAAGCUGUGGUGGCCCAACGGACACGGUGACCAGCCCUUUUACCAACUCACUGUCAGAGGCUUUCAGGAUGGGUUUUUAGUCCUGAAUACAGAAUCUAAGGUAUAUUUCCGUACAGUAGAACUUGUCCAGGAGCCAGUUGUUGGGUCUCCAGGCUUGAGCUUUUAUUUCUGCAUCAAUGGGAAACCAAUUUUCCUCAAAGGCUCCAACUGGAUCCCAGCCCACUCCUUCCAGGACCAGGUCACCCCUGCUGUGUUAAGGAACUUGUUGCAGUCGGCUGUGGACGCCAACAUGAACGCUCUCAGGGUCUGGGGAGGAGGAGUGUAUGAGCAGGAUCUUUUCUACAGCAUCUGCGAUGAGAUGGGAAUAAUGGUUUGGCAGGACUUCAUGUUUGCCUGUGCUCUGUAUCCCACUGAGGACGACUUCAUACAGACAGUAAGAGAAGAGGUCAUCCAACAGGUUCAGCGGCUCAAGUCUCAUCCUUCCAUAAUAAUCUGGAGCGGGAACAAUGAAAACGAAGCUGCUCUGGCGACAGAUUGGUUCAGCAUCCCGGCGUCCCAGAGGCCCGUGUACCUGAAAGACUACGUGACGCUGUACGUAAACAACAUCAGGACGAUAGUUCAACAGGAGGACCAGAGUCGCCCGUUCCUCGUCUCCAGUCCGACAAACGGGGCUGAAUCGGAGCAGGAAGGAUGGGUGGCAGCGAACCCCUACGACCCUCUUUAUGGGGACACGCAUUUCUACAGCUACACCCUGGACUGCUGGGAUUGGCGGACUUUCCCCAGGACACGUUUCGCGUCUGAAUAUGGCUUCCAGUCCUGGCCGUCCUUCUCCACUCUGCAGCCGGUUUCCAUAAAAGAAGACUGGAGCUUCAGCAGUAAUUUCACUUCCCACCGUCAGCACCAUGAGAACGGGAACCAGCAGAUGUUACUGCAGGCUGCUUUACACCUCAACCUGCCAAACUCCACAGAUCCCAUGAAGAGGUUCACGGACACUCUCUAUAUCACUCAGGUCAUGCAGGCUCAGUGUAUGAAGACUCAGACUGAGUUUUACCGGCGGAGUCAGAGCGAGAUCAUUGAGGGCAAAGGUCACACUAUGGGUGCUCUCUACUGGCAGCUCAACGACAUUUGGCAGGCGCCAUCCUGGUCCUCGAUCGAGUUUGGGGGCAAAUGGAAAAUGCUGCAUUAUUUUGCACAGAACUUCUUUGCCGCCGUCCUGCCGGUCGGCUUUGAGGACAACGGCACACUGUUGAUCUACGCCGUCUCCGAUCUGAGUCACGACCUGAAGCUCAGGGCUGUGGUGACCGUGUACUCCUGGACUGACCUGGAUCCGGUGUGCACGCUGACGUCAGACCUGCUCCUGGUCCCCGGAGGCAGCGCUGCGGUCAUUUACAAACAGCCAGUCACCGCCCUGCUGGCAGGGUGUGGACGCUGCACCCGCCUCACCUGCCUGCUCACCUUUCACCUGGAGGACAGCAGCGGCCAGCGGGGUCCCACCAACCACCACUUCCUCUGCUCCCCCAAAGACGCUGAGGGACUCCAGAGAGCCAACAUCACAGCUAAGGUGCAGGAGGAUGAGGCGGGGUACUCCGUCACCCUCCACUCUGCCUCUGUGGCUCCUUUCGUCUGGCUCGAUGUGGGGAACAUCCCCGGACGCUUCAGCUCCAACGGCUUCCUGAUGGUUUCUAGAAACAGGACGGUAGGUUUUACCGCGUGGCGUCCCACCAGCAUCGCAGAACUCUCCAGAUCCCUCGCCAUCACAUCUUUAAGGGACGUAUACUGACCUGAGACCAGCCGGGCCAGGUGACAUGACGAGGCGUACCAAAGUGCAGAGUGAUAGGCAGCCAGAGUGUGACUGUCCUGUAUGUGAACUGGCAUGGGCUCUGUUUUUGUUGUCAACAUCUUUUUAAACAGAUACUCUGGCUGAGGUUUGAUCCUUGUGUCAGAAAGGUAUUUUUGGAGUUGUUGCUUUUGCUCACCAGUUUUUGUUUAAACUUGUUUUCUUGCGAACAGUCAGAGCAGAAAACAUGAGGUGGGUUAACAGCUCUUGCCAAAAGGGUGAACCACUGUAUUCAGUCACAGCCUGUGGGACACAAUGGGCCUUCAUUAACACAAAAACCAUCAAAGGAAUGAAAUGAUCAAUAGAACUUUGAUGAAGGUGUAUAAGAUGAACUGGCCUCCGGCGGCCUGGUCCCAGACCUCUACAUCUCCUUCUCCGGCUUCAGCUAUUACAAUAGAUUGAUAAUUAAUUAUCUAAUUAAGUGAAACAAAAUGACAGCAUUGUCUCAUUUGACAGUGACUUUGAUUAAAAGCUCAAGCUCACUCCGUGCACUGAUCAGUAGUUUUCUGUUGCUAAGAGCAACAUGUGAUCUGAGCCGGGUUUGAUCUCACAGACGAUCGUGUGCCGUGAAAACUAAAAGCUGUUUUCCUUUUUCGUGUUUUGCCUCUUUUUGCACAUCUCCGAGGUCAUGAACAGAACAAAGACUGAACGUUGACAUCGUGGAUGUGUUGUGUACAUUACACGUCAUGUGUUUUGUAUUUGUACUUAUUUUAGAUCAAUUUGUACUUUCUUUUUUGACAUUAAAGUAUUUUAUUUUGUGUUAACAAAUUUGAUUCAAUGAGAAAUAAGCAUGAAAAGAUUGAUAUUUUUAGAAGAGUAAGACUUUAUUGAUCCCUCAAGGGGAAAUUAUAUGUUACAGCUGCACAAGAGACAGACCAGAUAAAGAAAAAGAAUAAUAAUACAACACUGUGUACACUGUUAGUACAUGAUUAAAGUAAGACUGCACUGAUUUGAUGAAUUCUUCUCAGUCUGUGGAAACAGUUGUAUAAUAAUUUCUGUGGUACUCAUGUUAAAGUAUGUAAGUAUAAUCAGGAAAAAGUACUUAGAGUGUUUGAAGUAUAAGUACUCAAUGCAGAAAAAUGUCCCCUUUGACUGUUAUACUGUCAUAUGUUGUAUCAUUAGAGGCUCCAGCCCCCCCGUGACCCUGCAGAGGAUUAAGCGGUGUAUAGAUAAUGAUGGAUGGAUGGAUAUCAUUAGAU